UGCACACACACACGCAGGCAGUUAGAACGAGGGACAGCAACACCAAACAUACAUAUUGGUGAUCCAGGUUCACCGGAAGCAAGGGAAGGAGGCAAAGUGGUUGCCAUGGCAUCGGCCAAUGAACAUGGGGAGCGAGGUGAUCAGAUGGUACCUGAUGGAAAGGAAGAAGAGGAGGAGAAGAGCGUCCGCGGAGUCCAAUCUCAUUACCUUCGCUGUCCCUCCCCAAAUUUCUCCAUGACCUCAGAGUCCAGGUUUUCCAUGAUCUCUGGGUCUGACGCUGAGAGCAUCUUCAUGGAGCCCAUCCACCUCUCGUCAGCCAUCGCUGCCAAGAAGAUCAUCAACGAGGAGUUGCCACCUCGAGGCGUGCGGUCCGAGUCCAUCCCAGAGUCCAUGUUGGAAACCGCUGAGCAGCUGAUGGUGGAAGAUCUCUACAACCGUGUCAGGGACAUGAUCGAUGACCGCAGCCCCUACAACACCCCCUGUGUGCUGGACAUCCAGAGAGCCAUGGUGCAGGACCGCCUAGAGGCUCCCAUCAAUCCUGUGGAUGAGGUGUGGCCCAACAUCUUCAUUGCCGAAAAGUCUGUUGCAGUGAAUAAGGCCCGUCUGAAGCGAAUGGGCAUCACACACAUCCUGAACACAGCUCACGGUACAGGAGUCUACACCAACGAGUCUUUUUACGCCGGCAUGAACAUUAAGUACAUGGGCAUUGAAGUAGACGACUUCCCUGAUGCUGACAUCUCGAUGCACUUUAGACCCACCGCCGAAUUCUUGGACGAUGCUCUGCUGACGCACAAAGGAAAGGUUCUUGUUGUUUCGAUGAUGGGCAUCAGUCGUUCUGCUAUCCUGGUGGCUUGCUACCUGAUGAUCUUCCAGAACAUGACCAUCAUGGAGGCUCUGACCUCAAUGAGGAAAAAACGUGCCAUCAACCCCAAUGAAGGCUUCCUGAAGCAGCUGAGAGAGUUCAAUGAGACCCUCAUGGAGGAGCGAGAUGAUGACGACGACACACUAAGCCAGUGCUCUGUGAUUGACGCUCGAGCGCGCACUCGCAUCUUUGGGGAAGAUGAUGAUGAGGAUACGGACACAGAAGAAGAGCAGAGUAUGAUUGAGGUGAAAGCUAACUCCAUUAUGAUGGAGGAGGAGGAGGAUGGAGAAAGUGUGAUGAGCAGCGUUGCCUCCUCUGCAGCUGCUGGAGCACUUAAAAGUGGUUUGACUGGAGCUCAGAAUGGGUUCAACAACCAGGUAUCCAAUGGUGUCCAAGAUGAGUUUGUUCUACCUGAACAGGAGGGCAAGGAAGAUGGGGAUGAUGAUGAUGAUGAUGGUCUGGACAGCAUGAUUCAGGAGUGGCAGCGGAGGAAUGAAAAAUACCAGAAUGAUGAGUGGUGGGAGGCACAGCUGAACAUUGAUGGGGAGGAUGAGGAGUCUCUUCCAGGGGUUUUUACAAAGAAGACAAAAGAAGUUGGAGACACUGAUGUGGAGAGCGUAACCAGUGAGGACAUACGAGCUGUGAAAGAGCGGCUGAAGCGUCGCAACAGACGCCCACCCUCUGACGCAAUGUCCACCUCCAGCUGUAUGAGUUACUCUGAUCUUUGGAAGCAGCGGCUUAAGGAGAUCGAAGAGCAAGCAGCUGCUCGGUACCGCAAGAAAGAAGAUGAAGAAGGCAGCGAGAUCACCACCACUGAAGAUGAAGGAGUGAAGAAGACAAUUGAUGAUGAAGUAGAUAGCAUCCUCUCUGACACCAGCUCCAUGUAUAACUUCUGUCAGAAGAAUAAGGAGAAGAUGUCACCAUUGGAACGUUGGCGAAUCAAGAGAAUCCAAUUUGGGUGGAACAAGAAAGAUCGUGAGGAUGGAGAGAAAAGUUCUGUUGGUGACGGUGAGGAAGAAGCCAAGACACCAUCUCUCCAAGACGUCAAUCUAACGGCGUAUCAGGCAUGGAAGCUGAGGCAGCAGAAGCGUCUCGGGGAAGAGAACACAGAUGAGAUUCUGGAGCUGAGCAGAGGCGAGGACUUAGCAACAAUCAGAAGAAGACAACGACGUGAAGAGAUUCUGGAGCGUUCAAAGAAAACUUUAGAAGAAAGCCAGUCUGUAUGUGGCUGGGAAACAGAGAGUUGCGUUAGCGGUGGUACGAUACCUCUAUCUGCCUUCUGGGCUGGAGCUGGUGUUACAGGGCCGCCAAGUAUUGCCAAUGAUGACAAUAUGUCCAUGCUCAGUGGUAGAUCUUCCACAAUUUCUUCAGUUUCCCAGGCUCGCAGCACAAGAUCCUCACAGUUUGGAAUCCCAGUAAAUCCUGUGCCGAUCCUUCCAGUUCCAACUGUGCAGGGCCCCGGAGGUGAACCAAUGGUCAAUCUGGCUAGCAUCCAAAACUGGAUUGCUAAUGUUGUUUCAGAAACAAUCAAACAGAAGCAGAGUGAAAUGAGCCUUCCUCCUCCAUCACGUGCUGGGUCUGAAUUGAGCUUUGGUGCUCCAUCAAACGUGAUGUCAGGGCGCAGUGUCGAUGAUGACAAAGCAUCCUUGCUGAGUGGUGCUUCCUACUCCAGCUCUCUGUCACAAGAUCGAGGCAGGGCAGGAUCAGUCCUCUCCGGUGGCAGUUCAAGCAGCAUCUCAGGUCUCAGUGGUAGAGGCUCAGCAUUAGGCUCUAACCUUGGCUCCACCCUGGGCUCAAAGAAAAACAAGAUUACCACUACCAGUGUUCCUCUCUUCAGCCUCUUCCAGGACCAAGUUAACCUGGAUAAACUGGAUGCCAUGGACAAGGAGAUCAAGUCAGAGAUGAGGGACAAGAUGUCUACCUAUGAAAAGAAGAAGAUCCUGGAAGACAACAAACGCAGUACUCUGUUUAAGAAAAAGAAGCCAAAGGAAGAUGACGAUGAGGAAGAGGAAAGGAAGAAGAAAGAGGAGGAGUUUCUUGAGGAGACAAAGAAAAAGGAGAAACCAAAGAGGAGUUACGGUCUAUCAGGGUGCCUGAAUCUAAACCCAGCGCUGGAGAAAGAUAAAAACACCAACAUUGAUGACUGGCUGAAAAGUGUCAGGCCUCCCCCAAGAAAACCAGCUUCAGGAACUGAAGCUGGUCCAUCGGAGGACCCCUAUGAUGAUCUUGACGCCUCAGCUUCUGAAUUUGACUUCUCAAGCAGAAGAGCCUCUUAUGCUGCUGACGAAGAUGAUGAUGAGGAAACGUAUGGCAUUACUUCCAGAUACCGAGCCAGGUUACACGAAGAUCUAUCAAGUGAAGACACAGAAUAUUCCUGCAAUGGCUUCACGCAAUCCCACAGCUACAGCCGACCGGGAAGAUCGUACGGCGCUGUUCAUCAUUCACGAUAUGAAAGCAAUGAGACAGAAGGGAGAAGGACAAGGAAACAGGAAGCCACAGAAGAGGAGGAGGAUGACAUCUCCACCUUCAUUGCCCAAACCAGGCAGAGGAUUAGGGCUCGAGCUGCCGCGGAGGCCGAAGACGACGAGGUUCUCACUGCUUGGAGAGCUCAGCAGGAGGCGAAGCGAGAGAAGCAAAACUUAGAAAAUACUACUGAUGCAGACAGGUUUUAGAAAAUGUAAAAGAGCCAAUUCUGUGCUGCUGCUAGCUCACACAAAGCUCUUUUUCUUGGUCAAGGAGUGAAAACAAAGGAUGUACAAAUUGUAAUAAUUCUAAUGCAGAAAAAAAACUAGCAUUCACAUCCAUAGAAAAAAUAUGCACCUUGACCUUUUCAUAUUACAUCAGCACUGCAAAAAAAAAAAAAAGGAUUUGAGCCUGUUUUACUAUUAAAAACUGAAGAAAUACACAAUACAGUUCUUAGUUAAGGUUUUGCUUGUACCAGCAUUGAAUGUAAAACACAAUGAAUGCAAAUUUUCAUAGAAAAGAUGAUGUGAAACUUCUAAAAAAAAAUAGGAAAAGUCCCUCCAAUUUGUACUCUUGCACAAUUUUACUAUUGUAAUAAAUUUUCUGAUGAAUGAUGA